AUGACAUUAUCAAAAGAAGAGUUGGCAACUCUUAUGUUAAAGAAUAGAUAUCUACUAUGCAAGAUUCUAUGGCAUCGUGAUAACACAAUUUUAAAGGGUGAAGCAUUCCUUCAAAGAAUGUCACAACCGUUGCAUGUGAUGGCUGCAAAGGGGGAUUUUGAAGGUGUGCGGUUCAGUCUUGUCACCUUUUACUCGAUUCAUGUAGAGAUGCUCAGUCGUAUCUUGGCACACUUGGCAAGCAACUUUUACAACUCGAUCUAUCCCAUUCGACCAAUCGAUGCCGCUGCCUGUGCAAACCGCCUAGACAUUGUCAAAUUCAUUCAUCGUCUAUUCACAUCCAAAGGCGUUCAUUAUUUCAAGUUUCUCGUCUCGGUCGAGUCAACCUACCAAGCAGCACGUCACUUAAACUUGGAGUUGCUCAAAUACUUGUUGGAUUCGUCUCUAGCCAUUGAAUGGAACACACAAACCAUUAUAAAUAUAAUCGAUGGUGCUGCACAGGACAAAGACAAGGAGAAUAGAGCAAUUGAAAUGUUUGAUUAUCUAAAAAGUUGCAAAACAACAAAGAUUGCUUGGUUCAAAACGACAGCGAGCAGUGGUCAUUUGCCGAUGACUAUACUAGCCCUCUUUAUCGAGCAAUUGAUAAGGGUAGUUCGUAUUGGUCAUACGGCCAUUCACCUUGCAAUUAAAAAGGGAAACAAAGAUAUUUUAUCAAUGUUGUUGGACGAAAAUACAAAGGACAGUAUCCUACCAAUCGAUCACAAUGGUGAGAUAGAGGUUAUUUAUUCGGCAGUAUGUUCAAAUAAUAUGGAUAUCAUUGAUAUGGUUUUAUCAUUUGAUCUAUACAAAAAUGACACUAUAGAAACUUCAAAAAAAACAUCACAGUACGCCAUAUCAAUCCCAUUUCUUCCUGAUACGGAAUUAUCAGAUGAAAUGAUUGCAUUUGUAUUAUCACCAAAAUGUCCAUUUACAGAUUCGGUUCGAUUCAAUUUAGACAUUUAUAUUAAUCGAUCGAGGAUUGGAACGGUCGAACAUUUAUUGGCAAUGGAAAAGGCAAUCAAAGUAUUCAACCCUACAGAACUGGUUGAACGUGGUGAUUUAAAAACAUUGACACAUCUAUUGCAAGAUCUCAAUCUAAAAGUAUCACAACAAGUGUCUAUAGUGUCGACGAUCAAAACAAUCAACUUUGAAAUGAUCGAAUUUGUAUUGGCCAAAAAACUAAUCAAACAAGAUGGAAAUCAUCAAGACCGAGAAUACAAACAAAAUCAACUUGCCAUUAGACUCUUGUGGAAAAAUACUAUGACUAGAAAAGAGACUGGUUCAUCAAGUGAUCUCUCUUUAAAUUGUUUAAAAUAUUUUUUCGAAAAGAAAAUCAUUGCCAAGGAACAUCUUGUCAACGCACUCAUCUAUUGGGAUGGUGAUCAAACCUUGUUCACCAAGAUCCCAGCUUAUGAUGGAUUUAUUAAAAAUCUUCCCAAGAACAUGGAAACGGUGAUUCGUUCAAAAUUCAACAAUAUAGAAGCACCACAUCUCACCAACGUCCAAGAAUUUCCAACAAACUUUAAGAAUCGACCACACUUUAAACAAGGUGUACAGACGCUCAUUCGAAAAACACCAGACCAAACUUUUUGUGGAAACAUGGCUUGUGGAACUGGAGACAUCGACCUAAUCAAAGAGAUUGAUGCAAUGAAACUGAAAUAUGUACAAUUUACAGAAGAUUCCCUUCGAUUAUGCUCUCUAUUCAACAAGGAUCUAGAUGUAUUAAAAUAUUUGGAAAAAGAAAAAUUCCAAGGCACUCUGCCAAAGAUUGAUGCCAACAUUCUCAUAGCAGCACCCUGUUUGCCAUUGCAUCAAAUGAUUGACACAUAUCCCCAUCUCUUUGAAAAUGCAUUAACACCAGAAGCAUUUCUAUAUGCUAUAAAGUCCAAACAAUAUGAUACCAUCCUAUACUUUGUAAAGAAUGUUCAAGCUCUUACUUUUCCAACGUACAUUUUACUCGCUUCAUGUCCAAUCCAUCCAAUCAAUUUUUAA